GUGACCAUGAACCUAACAGCUCCUCUUCUGCUGCUGCUUCUCACUGCUUGUAUGGUCAGCGGUGCUCUGCUGCCAAAGGCCUUAUGGCAGUUUGGGAAGAUGAUCCAGUGCACCCAGCCUGGUGCUAACCCUAUGGUCUACAACAAUUACGGCUGCUGGUGCGGCUUCGGGGGGAAGGGAACCCCUCGAGACGAAGUGGACAUGUGCUGUAAAGUUCAUGAUAAAUGCUAUGAAACAAGCAGAAAAACUCCUGGGUGCACAGCCAUCGCUGACCUUCCCUACAUUCUUGUUUAUGACUACACCUGCUCAAAUCAACAAGUGGCCUGUUCAGCUACCAACAACAAGUGCCAGGCUGCUGUGUGUGAGUGUGACCGGGUGGCGUCUGAAUGCUUCGCUCGGGCCACGUACAACCCUGAAAACAAGAACCUGGAUCCCAAAGUCCACUGCGUCAACUGAGUUAUACAACCUCCCACAGAA